AUGGCCACCAAAGAAUACUCUGAAGAGGAGCUGAAUUAUUUUCGUGUUUGUUACAUCACCACCCACAUCAUAAGGGAAGGUCUGAAAGAACUGUUUAAACGUGAAUGGAACCGACACCAUAGUCCCAGGUUUGGUUUAUGGCAAGAUACUGCAAGAAAUGGGCAGGAUUUCUUUCGAAUGGAAUCAAAAAAGAGUCGUUCAAAAAAUUCAAGACUCUUGACCAUCAUUCAAAAUGGAAACACAGAAGAAUGGGAUUGCACCUGCUUUUUCUUUGCAAUUCUCUAUUCUGACACCCUGGGGCCUUUAAUAAGCGCAGCAGUUUUCAACGAUGUAGACAAUUUGCGAAUGUUCCGUAAUGAAGUAUUUGCGCAUCGUUCUAAAGCUUGUUUUCCUGAAGCAGAGUUUCAGAGAUGUGUAUCCACAGUAUCAAAUGCGUUCACAUCCCUUCAUCUUACCACUGCAGAGCUACAGAGAAUAAUCAACCAAAAAAGCUUUCCUACUGGAGAACUUCAGAUGCUUCAAGAACAGGUGACGGUCUUGGAAGAUGAAAUACAGGGUGAAGCUAAGCCUUUCUUGAUUCUUCCGCAGGCACCAUCACACGAAGUUGUUGGAAGGAAAGUUGAAGUUGAAGACAUCAUGAAGAAGUUCUCAGAUCUCGAGACGAUUAACAAGGAUGCUUCUGUUGUUACGAUAUAUAUCUCUGGUAAUCCGGGAUGUGGGAAAAGUCAAGUUGCUCGCGAAGUUGGCCAACAGUUCUUUGAAAGAGAAGCUGCCAAGAAUGAACCAGAUAGUUGUACGCUUGUUAUGACCUUAAAUGCCGAAAGAGAACAGUCAAUGCUAGAUUCUUACUACACGUUUGCCCGCAAGGUUGGUGUCACUGAAUAUUCCCUGAACAGAAUCACAGGAAGGGACUCACGUUUGUUGCCGUAUGAAAAGAUUUGUCAUCUGAAAAUUCUUGUUUCUGCCAAAAUGGAAAACUAUUCCAGUUGGCUUCUUAUAUAUGAUAAUGUCAAUUCACUAAACAGCAUUAGAGAUUACUUUCCUGAUGAGCAUUGGGGAGGUUGUGGACAUGUUCUUGUUACUACCCAGGACAGUAUUAACAUACCAGAAGCUGAUCCUCUUUGUGAAAGUGUUUCUCUUAGUGAGGGAAUGCAGUCUGAAGAUGCCAGGAUUCUACUUCAAAAGAUUUGUGGGUUUUCAUGUGAUAGUGAAGAAGAGUCCUUGGUGCUGGAUGCUUUGGACUAUCAGCCUUUGGCGAUUGCCUGUGCUGCCCUUUAUGUUCGGUACAUAGGUGUGCACCAACAGACAAGUUCUAGUGACAUUUGGAAAAAGUACCUGAAGAAACUGGAAACAUUGGAAAAGCGAGCUUCUACAGAGAGAGCUUAUGAACGGACAAGCAAGUCUUAUCGAUCUUCAAUGACUGCUGCUGUCACCUUGGCAUUGGAAAAACUUGUUCAGGAGCCAAUGUUUGAACAUGUGGUGCCGUUUCUUGCCUUGGGUUCCUCAACACCAGUAAAUUUGGAUUUAAUUGUCCGUCUUCUUAAAGAGUAUGGUCCAGAUUACGAUGAAGAGUUUGCUGCUGCUGAAAUUGUAAAAUGCUCUUUGCUAUUGAUGGUUUUCACAGAUGGCAGUUCAAAGAUGCAAGUAAAGAUGCACGAAGUUGUUCAUGAAGUCUUUAAGAAAUACCUUCUUGAUAAGUAUAGUGAGGAGCAGAUUACAGAAUUCAUUCUGUUAUACAUUGAAACACUGUCCACCUCUGCCCAACAUGACCCACAACAUUUUGACCUAAACUUCCAUAUGACCUCUAAAAUGAUGGCUCCUCAUUUGAAAUCACUUUCACAUUGGCUCGUACAGCUUUGGAAAUUAAUAUUGAUACUAACCAGCGACAAAAGUGCACUGAAAAGUAUUUUGUGCUGCUUUGGGGAUAUUUGCAGACAGCAUUUUUUCCUAUGGGAGGCCAAAGUAUAUUUCCAACAUGCCUUUCAAAUUGCUAGAGAUACUUUUGACAGAAACGAUCCUAGCAAACUCAGUUUUCUCGCUACUAUCUUAACCAACGAAGGUGUUAUUUUUCAUGAAAACUGCGAACUUCAAAAGGCUGAACUGCACUACAAUCGCGCCCUUGAUAUCCUUAGGACACUACACCCAUCAAACACGAGCUCGCCAGAAAUUGCAGACUUAUUGAACAAACUGGGCACACUUUACUACACUUUGUCGCAAAGGGAGAUUUUCCUUAUGGAACAUUUAAAAAGAGAUCAUGUGCUGCAGCAAUAUGGUCUUGAUCCAUUUGAUUCACGUUCAGCUUUCUGCGAUGAAACAAGCUAUAAGGAAAAAGCGAAAAUUCAUUUUCAGCAGUCCCUUGACAUGAGGAAAAAGCUAAAUGGUUUUGAGCAUCCUCACGUUGCAUCUUCAAUGUCCAAUAUUGGCUGUAUCUACAGUGUCUUGGGUGACCUAGAAACGGCAAAUGAUCUUUUCCAAAGGUCAUAUGCUCUUAGAGAAAGGAUUUAUGGCAAAGAACACCCAUUCGUUGCGGAUUCCUUGAACAAUCUAGGAAUUUUGCACAGUAAAAUGGACCUCACCAAGGAAGCCAUUCAGUACCAGGAGAGGGCAUUGGAAAUGAGGAAGAAGCUUUUUUUUUAUGAUCAUGCUGUGAUAGCUGAUUCAUAUAACAACCUUGCUCUUGCUUACCAAUACAAUGGUCAACUUGAGAAAGCAAAGAAAUGCUUUGAAGAAGCAUUGCGUGUUAGGGAAAGAGUCUCAGGAAAAGACCAUGUACGGGUAGGACGAGUAUUGCUUAAUUUCAGUGACCUGUACAUGAGAUUAGGUGAACCACAGAAAUGUAAAGACCUCCGUUUUCGUGCUCGACAGAUAUUGGAACCAUUUACACGACGCAGAUGGCGUCACCAGGGAAAGUUUAUUCUGAAUGGUGAGCCUAGCACUAGCACCGGUCAGGACAACCGUUAUUUAUACGCUAUUCUGUUAUCAGCUGUUAAUGACCCUCUUCCUCUCGAUCAUUUUCCUUACAGAGCAGAAAGCACAUGA